ACGUUGAGCCAGUCGCGUGCUUGAGUGCGACGCAGCCCGGUCUGAGUGUGUCUCUCAUAUCCAGUAUGGCGGCUGUUACUAGAGGAGGAGGGCAAGUCGUCCGGGUCUGUCCUCAGUUUAACCGGGGUGGGCAGUAAUACUGCUGCCGGCAGAGUGUUUUGCAAUUUCCACGGGACCUUCCUGAACGCCAAGGUAACUUUAUGGCUUAACGCGAAAUUUGUUCCAGAUCCCACGGAAGAAGACAACAGCGGCAGCGAAAGCUUUUUUCGUGUUAAAAUUUCCGCGUCUGCUUAUAAAAAAAAGGAGGGGAUUUGUUUUGAUUUUCGGGUCAGGAAAGUUCACUGCGCUGCAGCCCCGCUUACAGCUCCCGGGAGUGAAAAGGAUUUUUUUUGUUUUUAAAGCUCACUUCACGAGUAAGGCCCAUCGGGGCAGCUGGGGGAUUUAUAAACUCAGGCAUGCAGUAGAAACUGUCAAAGAGACGGAAUUGUUUCUCUCGUCGGUAUCUGGUCGUAAAAGGAGGAAGAAAUGCGCAUUUUUUUGCCACAGACGAAUGUGCUGAAGCUGACUUAACACUCGGGCUGUUCUGAAACGGGGAGUGGUAAAUGAGCCUCACAGCUAAUGUGGUAUUUCAGAAGAGGGGAAAUACCUUUUUUUUUUCCUGGAUUUGUGCGAUAACUUGUGUGUGUGUGUUUAUUUUUGGCCUAACGCCUGUGUUGAAACAACGAGAAACUAACACUCAGGGGGUGACGGGGGUUUUAGCCGGUGGAGAUCGGGGAGGGUGAUGAGGUGGUCGAGCUAAGUCUCCCUCAAUGAGGAGUCUUAAUCACCGGGCGCGUAGGUGAAAUGAUCAUCUUUGAUCCUGUAAUGUGUAAAAAUCUUCACGCGUGACACUCGACACUGCGAGUCAGCGAUCUUGUUUUUUUUUUAUCGGUACCUUUGGGGAAUCGGGUACAUUUGUCUUAAGAUCAAGUCCCUCAAUGUUGACUGAUGAGCAAGGCUUUGGCGGUGCCUGCAAGUGGGAUAACACUUUUAUGGAAGAGAAGGUAUUACUGAGCGCAGCGGAUUUUGUAUGACACAAUGGGUCUCUUGCUGACGGAUGAAAGGAUGGCCUGCACUUAGAUCUUUUUAAAGACGUUAUGUAGUAUAGCACCCCCUUUUUUUUGUUUUGUUUGUUUUCCCCCCCCCCGCAAUCGCCUCUUUCUGGGGGGGUUUUUUCCUUGGAAACCGAAAUUGGGGGGAGAAUCGAAAGUUUUUGCCAGUCUGGAUCAAGCAGCCUCGCCUUUCGUGUCUGGUUGGAGCGACGCCCCCAAGUCAUCAUCAAUGCCUUCAGCGCUGGCUGUCUUUACCUGCCGCCCGAAUUCACACCCCUUUCAGGAACGCCAUGUGUACCUGGACGAGCCAGUCAAGAUCGGGCGCUCCGUGGCUCGCUGCCGCCCGGCCCAGAACAACGCGACGUUCGACUGCAAGGUGUUGUCGAGGAACCACGCUCUGGUGUGGUUCGACCACAAGACGGGCAAGUUCUAUCUCCAGGACACGAAGAGCAGCAAUGGCACCUUCAUCAACAGCCAGCGCUUAAGUAGGGGUUCAGAGGAGAGCCCACCUUGUGAAGUCUUGUCGGGGGACAUCAUCCAGUUUGGGGUUGAUGUGACGGAGAACACUCGCAAAGUUACCCAUGGGUGCAUAGUGUCUACAAUCAAGCUCUUUCUACCAGAUGGCAUGGAAGCCCGGAGGAGAUCGGAUGUUAUCCAAGCGCCAUUACCACUUCCUGUUGAUAAGGUUGCUGCUAAUACUCCCAGUAUGUAUUCUCAGGAACUGUUUCAGCUCUCUCAGUAUCUACAGGAGGCCUUACACCGGGAACAGAUGCUGGAGCAGAAGCUGGCCACCCUGCAGCGAUUGCUGGCAAGCACACAGGAGGCCUCCGAGAGCAGCUGGCAGGCUUUAAUAGAUGAAGACAGAUUGCUUUCAAGGUUAGAAGUCAUGGGUAACCAGUUGCAAGCAUAUUCAAAAAACCAAACAGAAGAUGGCAUCCGGAAGGAGCUGGUAGCCUUACAGGAGGACAAACACAACUAUGAGACAACAGCCAAAGAGUCCCUGAGGCGGGUUCUUCAGGAGAAAAUCGAGGUGGUCAGGAAGCUGUCUGAAGUGGAGCGGAGUCUCAGUAACACUGAAGAUGAGUGUACACACCUGAAGGAGAUGAAUGAACGCACACAGGAAGAGUUAAGGGAGCUGGCUAACAAAUACAACGGCGCUGUUAAUGAAAUCAAAGACCUUACUGACAAGUUAAAGCUGGCCGAGGGGCGGCAGGAGGAGAUCCAGCAGAAGGGGCUGAGCGAGAAGAAAGAGCUGCAGCACAGGAUCGACGAGAUGGAGGAGAAGGAGCAGGCUCUGCAGGCCAGGAUCGAGGCCUUGCAGGCAGACAACGACUUCACCAACGAGCGGCUCACUGCUCUGCAAGUACGAUUAGAGCAACUUCAAGAGAAAAGCAUAAAGGAAAACAACAGUUUAGACCACUUUCUUAUAAAGAGUGGAGGGGACUGCACUUUUAUCCAACAGUUCAUUGAGUGCCAGCCUGUAAAGCAGUUGAAAGGCCCAGUUGAUUCUUCACAUAACAAGAUAGCCAACUUUGAAGAAGUCAUUGAUGCUCAUCUACAAAAUAACCAGACUACAGAAGAAAAUAAUUUAAGCAGCCCAGAAAGAAUCAAAGCCAAACUUAUAGAUGAUGGGCAUCUACUGAAAGUUAUGGAAGAAAAUAAGCUUUUAAAAGAAAAUCAAAUAGAUGCAAAAGAAUCGGACAUGUCAGACACACUCAGUCCCAGCAAGGAUAAAAGCAGUGACGACACUACAGACGGGCAAAUGGAUGAGCAAGACCUAAACGAGCCUGUGCCUAAGGUUACUUUAUUAAAAGAGGAGCUGCAGCGAGCAAACCUGGAGGCCGGAGACACUGAGCAAGUGAUCCAGCACUUGCACAAGGAGCUGGUAGAAGCACAGGAGCUGGCCAAGACCGGAAAGCAGAAAUGUUUAGAGCUGCAAACUCUGCUGGAGGAAGAGAGAAAAGCUAACAAGCAGCAGACUGAGGAUUCUUCAAAGCAGAUCCAGUUUCUGCAAGCCCAGCUGCACAAGCUGCAGGGAGAUAUCGAGCUGCUGAGGGAGCAGAAAGAGAGCGACAUCUCCAACACCCGGGAUGAGCUGACCAGCGCCCAGGAGGAGAUCCUGAUGCUGCGCCGUGCGACGGAGGCGGCCACCAGGGAGCGGGAGAGGGAGAUCGCGGCGUUGCAGGGGGACCUGAGCACGGUCAAGGGGGAGCUGGAGAAAUGGCGCAAGACGGCCUCCAAGUACGAGGACGAGAUCAGCACCCUGCAGGCCAGCUUCCAGCAGCAAAGCCAGCAGAAAGUCAGGACGGCUGAGCUUCAAGGCGAGCUUGAGAAACUGCAGGAGGAGUGCGAGAGCCUGCAGAGUGAGUGCGCUUCUUUGCGCAAAGAGAAGGCGGUUCUCAUUGAGAAACUGCAGCAGCUGGAGAAGGAGCUUGACAGUUCUCGGGCGCACAGUGCUGCCCUGAGCAGUAAUCUGAGUGCCCUGGAGAAGACUCAGGAGGAUCUCCAGUGCAAGAUAGGGGCCAUGAAAGAGCAGCACCAGCAGGAUGCUAGCAGCCUGAAAUCGCAGCUGGCAGAAGCUGACAGCCACACACAGAGCCUGCAGAGAGAGUUUGAGGAAACACAGACUCAGCUUUCUGAUCUGAAAGAACGUUAUGAGAGGACGGAGCAGGAGAAACAGUCUAUCAGUGAUGAGCUUCAGCAAUGCAAAGUCAACCUGAAGCUACUGCAGGAGAAAGGAAGCAGUAGUCGCUGGCUGCCCUGGAUGCCUGUAGUGGCCGUGCUGGUUGCCGUGACAGUGGUAGUGCUUUACCCAGGGUUGACCAAGGCCUCUCCCUGAGCAAACUCCCAUCACUCCCACAGUGCACCAUCCUCUCCAUAGCCUUGGCUUCUUCAACACCAGGACACCUGGGCCUGCACUCCACCUCCUUACCUCUUAAUGAAAACACAGCUGUUUGAGAGUAUACCAGUAGGGUCUCUGCUUUAACUAUAUAAAAUGUAACUAUAUAUAUAUAGAGGGAAUAAAAAUUGUGACUUCUACUCUAGAUAAUACUUUAUCUGCAGUUUUCCUUGUUAUUUUUUUUUCAGUUUGUUGGGAAUCUUAAUAUGGUGGCCUAAACUAGGCUUUUUUUGGUACCAAACUAUUUUUGUGAGUCUUAGACGGAUUUCUAAUUUUUGGAAUGUGGUUCGCCACAUCAGGCAAGAAUGUGGUGUUCCAGAUAUUGGUUUCAAAGCCAAUGUCUGCUUAUAUACACAGGGCACAAGGGGUUAAGUGCCUAUCUUAGCUACUAGGUGCAUAAUUACACAAUCCAUUCAUCGUUGAUGUGCCAUUCAUGUCCUUACCAUGGCAGGUCAGAGGAACAAAUUAUAAGAAGUAGCCUAGGGGAGGAAAAGAUGACAGCACUGAAUAGGUGGAAAGAAAACUCUCCUCUUAGUGAAAAUAUAUGCUUUAACCAGUGUGUUUGGAACAAAGUAUCUGUACAUUUGUGUAUAGUACCUUUAGAACUAACAAUCAUACAUUUUAAGAACACUACAUAGUCACUUUGCUAGGAAAACAAAAGUUUAUUUUUGCAUUUAAUAUGUAGUAUUGAGGCACUUAUAUAAAGUUCUAAGAUGUUGGCUUCAGUAUAUUCUUUGUUUUGUGAUAUCUUGAACCUGAGCUGAGACAGGGACAAAACCCUCUGGGCACCAAACAGUGUAGUUUCAAGUGCAAUCUUACCACAUGUAAUUCACACACCUGCUCCACAUGUCAGGGCUGCAUGGCUCUGUUCUACAGAACCGCGAGUAUCAAGCUCUUCUUUUGCAUAUAAUUGAUCAGCCAACCUUCUCCAAAAGCUGAAAAUUGUUAAACCAUCUGUUGUGAUGCAGUUUCACUUAAAUCAUUUUGGGUGGUAGUAUAAGCAAAUACUUUUAGACUGUUUUGUCAUUAUGCUCUCAUCUUAAAAGCGAUGAAGAGCCCGUAUAAGGUUUAUCAGGUUUUUACUCUACAGCCCAUAUUUAAACCAACAAGCAGUUAUUUUAGUCAAGGGGUGGUAGGGUUGUGCUAAAUUAAGUGUCAGUGAUUAAAUUCGGGUGGUGGAUCAACAGUAAAUAUUCAGUGUUUGGCUUUACCUUGUGUCUGUGCAUUGUUGUAAGUGAACAGCUCUUUUGGGUUAUGGAGCCAAAACAAUUAAACUUGUUCCACAGUUGAUAGCUUUCUCAUUAUUUUAAUAACACUGCCCCUGCUUAAAGUUCCAAAUGAAAAGUAGACAGGUGAAAGAGGAAAUGACAGAAAGCAGGAACACUACAUCUGGAUUGCUUAGUUAUAUUGUUCAGAAAAGCACUAUAACAUCCAACCUCUCAACCGGCCUUUUCCAACUCUGAAUAUUCACCAAUUUUAUGCAAGACACGUGCAAUGUAUUAGCUUUCAUUUAGGAGCUGGUGUUUUUCUUAUGAGCAUGACAACCUUUCAAAUGUAGUUAAGAAACUGCAACUAAUGUACACCCUUUAGUCUGCUCACUCCUUUGUCACUAGACUAAAGAGAUUUUAGUCAGCCUUAGUGUGUGUGUACGUGUGUGUGUGUAAAUUUACACGAUAUAUAUCUAUUAAAAGAGAUGGAGAUACUCACACAUUCAGUGUGCUGCUGCUGAGGAACCUGUAUGGAACAGUCUGGACAUACUUUCAGUACUACAUUAAUCCUCCUUCCCCUUUCAUUUGUUCUGAAAUUUGUUUAAUGUUUUCAAAUUAAAGCUUUUACCAUAUAAAGUUCAUUUAUCUUUUUUACAACUUUAAUUUUUUUAUACUGAGGAUAACAAUGGUGCAUGCACUUUUAACUACCUGUAUCUUAAAGGAUUUAUGGAAUGUAUUGCAUUUGACUAAUUUUAUCAGUCUGGAACUGUUAAAAAAUCUAACAAUUGUUAAACCCACUUCUCUGUAGAUAAAGGUUAUUUAGUAGUAGCGAUAAAGCACUUUGCAGAAAUAAGGAUUUCUUGAAGCCAUUUCCAUUACAGCACAGUCUUUCAUCUGCAGACAAAAAGUAAAAUUUUAAAGUAAAUUGCAUGCACAAUAUAUUUGCAGUGAAACUGAUGCUAAAAGGUUAGAAAAAAAUGCUCAAUAAAAUCUGAUACAACUUAAUUAAAAAAUGUAAACUUUUCCUUAUUCAAUACCCAACAUCUUAACAUUAUGAACUUAACAAGGCAAAACAUCUUUAAAGGGGAUUAGGUUUAGAGUGUCUAAAAAGUUUGAGUAAAUAGGAUUGUCGUGUAUAAAUUACAAACUUUUUGGAGGGUUGGUGUAUCUAAUGCUUUCUUUUAAGAAUUGUCAGGUGUGUUCUGAUAAGUCAUUCAUUUGUAUAAGAAUAUCUACACAAACUGUAAAAAUAAUUACAUGGUAGUUUGCUUUGACAAUAUCAAGUACAAAAAGCCGCCCAGCCACACACAACUCAUGCCAAUGGUACAAAGAGUACCGUCUGUACAUAGUUUGUUUGCAAAUAUUGUUCUGAGAUGCUGAACUUCCGAAUUACAUUUUUUAAGUAAAUAAUUGUUUAAAAUCUAUUUUGUAAAGAUAUGGAAAGUACAAUAGAAUUUCUGGAGUACAGAUUAAACUAUUUGCACUAACACUUGUGAUGUGCAUGAUUUUAAUAAAACAACUUUACUCUCC